UUCACACGUGUUCCUUCUCACGCGCCGUUGUUUUGUGUCGCGCGUUUGAAUCGACGCGAGAACUCGCAGACGCUCCCUGCGCCGGACGAACCGACGCGUCAUACCUCGCGUGGCCAACGGCUCUCUCCGCCGAACGCUCGCUCGCCCGUUGAAUCGACGUCCUCGGCUCGUUCGGCUCAAUUUAGUGAGAUUAUUUUGGAGCGAACCGGGUCGGACGAGCUCACCGAACGCCCGUUACCCGACACGCGCUUCCCCGGCCUUCUGUUGGUCCGACUGCGGCGGCGGGAGUGUGCUUUUUUCCCCUGGCUGGCUUAGUCGGUGGGAAGUAAGGUUGCGGCAGAGCUGGUCCCCGAGUGAUGAUGAUGGAGCUCGAGUCGGCCAGUAGCAGAGGCGAACUGGGAGCUGUGGGGGACUCGCUGCAGGCGCAGACCCCCAGCAGGCACGAGAAGAGCCUCGGACUGCUCACCACCAAGUUUGUGACUUUGCUCCAGGAGGCGAAGGACGGGGUGCUGGACCUGAAAGCGGCUGCAGACACCUUGGCGGUGCGGCAGAAACGACGAAUCUACGACAUCACCAAUGUGUUGGAGGGAAUUGGACUGAUCGAGAAGAAGUCCAAGAACAGCAUCCAAUGGAAGGGCGUCGGUCCAGGAUGCAACACCAGAGAGAUCGCCGAUAAGCUAAUUGAUCUGAAGGCCGAGCUAGAUGACCUGGCUCUCAGGGAAAAUGAGCUGGACCAGCAGAGAGUCUGGGUCCAACAGAGCAUCAAGAAUGUCACCGAUGACUCCAACAACAGCCCUAUGGCAUAUAUAAAACAUGAAGACCUCUGUGGAGCUUUCAAAGGUGACACUCUCCUGGCAAUCCGUGCUCCCAUUGGCACACAACUAGAGGUCCCCAUACCUGAAUCUAUCCUCAACGGUCAGCGGAAAUACCAGAUCCGCCUCAAGAGUUCUUCUGGUCCCAUCGAGGUCCUGCUGGUCAAUAAGGACCCGUCCUGUGCCUCUCCUGUUGUUCUGCCCGUCCCUCCUCCAGAUGACAUCCUUCAAAACCUCCCAGCACCGCCGCCCACCUCUCAGCCGCCGCCCACUGCUGUCACACAGGUCUGCAGAGCAGCUCCAGCAAUAAAUUCAAAAUCUGGUGCUUCCACAACAACCGCUGUAGCAGCCUCAGUGACAGAAGUGCAGAGCCCCAUGCAGCUCACCCCAACAGCAGACACACCUGCAGCCGUUACUCAGCAACUGCAGUCGUCUGCCUCGUUAGAUGGAUCUGCAUCCGCUUCUGCCUCGGCGCUGUUUGAACCAAUUAAGUCUGAUCCGUCUGAAUUGCUGGACUUUCCCAAAGAGCUCUCUGAAAUGUUUGAUCCAACAAAAGAGAUCAUUAGUGGGGACCUUUUGGAGGACUUGAUGGCCUCAGAAGUGUUCUCGCCUCUCCUCCGUCUGUCCCCCCCACCCAGCGAACACGACUACAUCUACAACCUGGAUGAGACAGAGGGCCUUUGUGACCUGUUCGACGUGCCCAUUCUCAAUCUCUGACCCCUAUGAUUGAUGUCGGAGCGGGAGACGGUUCCCCAAACAUGCUAAUUAGUUUUCUCCCAAGUGUUCCCCCGUCACUUACGGUGAGUGUGCGAUGCAGGAAAGCCGACGUGAUCUGGUGAGCGUGUGAGGACGCCUCGGGACUCCGCUCAACGUACAGCCUCGUGAAGAAAUACUGGCGAACAAAACAUUUUACCUUCUGCUUUUCCAAGGAAACCAAGUCAAAACAAAUGACAAAUAAUUAUAUUUUUCGAUUGCUCUGUAUGAUAAAGCGUUCUGUUUAUGUAUCGGCUUUCCUAUGUGCUUGUGAGUGAACUUCGGUGUGUGUGUGUGUGUGCGUGCGUGCUGGCAUGCUUGGGUUUCGUAGUGAACGCUCUCUUGUCUUGAGUCCGAUGUCUCCAGGGGGGGUACAAACAUUGAGAAGCCCUGUUCCUAUCAGGUAAAGUGUCACGGCAGACUAACGCAGCACAGCAUCUGUCACCUGGCAGCUGCUCCCGUCUGGCUGGAAUGAGUCCAAACACAGCUGGUUAAAUAUGCACUGUCCUCAUGUACAUAGAGAAUAUAUAUUUUGUAUUACCAGCACACAAGGCUAUUGUGUAAGAAUGAGCUACGUUUGCAGCAAAGCCAGAUCAAUAGUUGGCAAAUAAACGAAGGUUCUGGACUCUGAUCAUCACACUGUAUGUAUGAUUCGUGCUUUGUUUUGAGUCGUGGGCUCUAAGCCGACCCUUCGGUGUUGGAGGUGUUUUUGGGAACCAGUUGGAGAAAGUGGAUCCAAGUUGAGUCACUAGAGCCAAAACACUCUGACACAGAGAUCCAUGGACAUAAACAAACACAUUUUAGAAUCCUACCUUUUUACAUGAACACUUUUAGGUCAACACGAUGCUCAAUAAAUACAAUAACGGGUCUCUGGCACGUCUACACUGAGAGGUUUGAUUAACCCUUGUGUUGCCGUAGGGUCAUUUUGACCCGAAUCAAUAUUACACCCUCCCCCCGCCUUAGGAUUAAUUUGACGCCAUUCAAUGUUUAAUGUCGGUGUUCUUUCGGUAGUCAACAAACAUAAAGUGCCUCACACUUAAACUUGGAAAACAAUAUUAAUUCUAAUAAUUUUCUGGAGGUUUUAAUUGCUGGCAUCAAAUUGAACCCAAAGGGUAAAAUAUGUUAGUAAAUAUAAAGGUAACAGGAGGGUGAAGCAUUGAAUCGGGUCAAAAUGACCCAAAGGCGGGGGGAGGGUGUAAUAUUGAGUCGGGUCAAAAUGACCCUAAGGCAACACAAGGGUUAAGAAAACAUAACAUGCUUUCAGUUUCAUUUUGUCUCUGGACCUUUGAACCUUGCAUAUUUUUACUGGCUCUGAUUAUUAUAUAACUUAACUGGAGCACGUCAGAGGAAUGGCUCCCACCCCUCUCCAAAAUGACUUCUGUGGCUUUUGUCUUUUUUUAUUAUGUAUGUAUAUGACUACAAUUGUACUCUGUUUAUGGAAAGGGACUUAAUGUAUUUUUACUGAGUGAAUAUAGUCACAAUGUCAUGUACAAUGCUCCUGAUUUUGCUUGCGUUUGUAUAUUUGGUAAAGCUCCCUAUUCAGUAGUUUAUUCCAGUUUCUUUUCAAGUUCCCCGUUUCCUAAAGGACAUGCUGCCUGCCUUGCUGACUAAAUUUGAGUUUUUAAUUAUAAAUCAUGCUCCCUGUGCAUUGGGCGGGUGAGUAGCAGUUCAGGAUGAGUUGGUACUCGUCAAAUGGUUCAAAGUAAAAUGUGAAAAUUAUUCAUAUUUCUACUUUGCUUCUUCAUUUUGUGUGAUGUCCUGUUGGCCCUGGAUUAAGUGUAUGUAUGCAUUGUUUAUAUCCGUCUCUACCACUUGUAUAGGAUAGCGUUUAUUUUUUAUACCUGAUAGAUAUAUUACUCCGGCUACGUAGUUGGGGCUACACUUCAUGGCGUUUGGAAUUCAUCCACAAAAACCUUCUGCUAUGUCAAAGCAGCCGGUCUCCUUGUUGCACUUUACACCACUGUGGACCGAUUGGUUGUUACUCAUCCGCCCCGAUCGGCACCGAGUCGUUGUGUUUGGACCGCGAUGAGUAGCAGGCAGUACCUGUUUGAAUGAAUCCUGUCUGUGAUGAGAGACUCAAGCCUGCAGGUUUUUUACAGAUUCACUAUUGCGACGCUAAAUCUGCAUCACAUGAAACGAAAUAAAAACGUUGGUAUUCUUAA